CAAGCACUGGGGCCCAGGACUCUAGCUAGUACGGGCGACACCUGGUGGUGGGUGUAGACAUUGCUCGACCUGUGGGUCUAUUCUGAAGUCAUAGUCUGCACAGCAGCAUGCAUGCCACACCUACCCACACGUGAUAAAGCCACCAGCAGAGCUACCUGCCCAUAAGACAGGUGGGGUGGCUGCACCCGAAGCUGACAUGCACACAGGCAGACAUGAUGGUAUGAGACUUCAGUUCUAGACUGAGGUGGGAAGAUUACAAGAUUAAAGGCCUGAUCUACACAAGAAGUUUCAGACCAGCCUGGGCUACAUAGUAAAACUCUAUCUGAAAAUAAUUAGAUAAGUAAAUAUUAAGUAAUCAUGAGUAGCUUUGGCCAUCUUGGCAGAGUCUGGAUCCUACACUGAGGUACACUGGGCUCAGGGUUGCCUGGUGGCAGCUGUACUUGUGAGAAUCACCACAGAGGCACUAGAGGGUGACCACUGCUUUGAGAACACUAGGAGCAUAUUAGCCUAGACUUUGGGGUCAGGGGUGGCUAGGCUGAGCCACCGACAUGUUAGGUUAGGAAGGGGCAGGGAGGAGGAGUUAGUGGCCUGGACCAAGCUUCACGCUAGGUAGGCUCAGAGCCCAGGGUGUGGAGGGUGUGGAGCAGUCGGAGGUACACAGAUCAGACUCUUAAGACUUCCCCAGUCACUGCCCAGGGCUGGGCACCACAGGGCAAUGGUGUCAUUGAGGAAUUACUGCUACUUGCUUAUUUUAUGACAGAAGAAUGAAUUUCUACAGCUUGAUUGUAAGAAAAAAUAGAAAUCUGGAGAAAUAAUGGCUAUGAUCCUAAGAUGCAGACAUGUGGGGGUGAUUCCUUCCUGCACUUGCCCAAGGCAGAGCCUGGGCUCUGCUCCUCUGGGCUGCUGUUUGGGUGAGCCCUGAACAAGACUCCUGCCUCGGAUCAGAGACCUUCUCUGUCCCUCCUCACAGAUCUUACCGUGUAGCAGACAUGGUGGAGCUGUUCAAAUUUCCCACCUCCUUUUUACCAUAAACUAGGGUGCCCAGGCUCUCACCAGCAUCACCAGGGUCAGGUACCCCAGGGCUCAGUCUUGCCCUCCCACAUGAUUUCCUGUCUGGGGAAGCUGGACAUUAUGUUGUUUUUUGUUUUGUUUUGUUUUUGUUGUUUUGUUUUGUUUUUAGCUAAGGGGAUUUGCUGGGAAGUGGUCUGGUGUGGUUCCCAUUGUGUGAGACUUCUUAUCAGAGUCACUGCUAGCAGAGACAAUUCUUGAGUCAAAAUGUUAAUGCUCCCACAGUGAUCUGCCUUGCUAAGAUCAUGCCAGCAUGUGCUGAUGGAGGGCCAAUGAGGUAGUGGCUCUGUGAGUGGCCAGUGAGGUAGUUCCUCCUCUCCCUCCUCCUUCUUACCCAUCCCCAAUUCUCUUCCUUUCUUCUCACUAGCCUGAGGGCUUGAUUUAGUCUCAUCUUCUCCCCACAGCCCACAGCAGUCUCUCCUCCAUUCAAGGCUAGCACCAUGUCGUGGUCUCACUCUGCCACACUAUACCUCAAGCCCUGAUGCUCUGCCUCUGAUGAAGGCACUAGUUUGGCUUAGAGAACCCAGACUGGCCCAGAGCUCAGGGAAGAAAGUGUCCCAGGGCCACUUCUGUCAGCAACACACACAAGGCAGCAAGAUGGAGCCAUGGCUAAGAUGACUGAGGGAGCGGCUGCCAUGCAUUGCCUCCCAGGUACAUUCCACCUCAGGAGUCCCCAAGACUACCCUCUGAGAUCUCUCCAGUGUCUCUCGCUGAUGCUUCGGCAUCUGCAGACAUGGCUUACUUUUUCUCACGUUCUAAGACCUCAGUGCCAUUUAAAGUACACACUUUGUGUCACAGAGUACAAGUCACCACCAUGUAAUUCCAGAGUAUCUUCGCCAUUCUAGAAAAAGGUCCCAUCUCCAUUGGCAAAUGGGAUAUAGUAAACACCAUCCUUCCAUGUUCAGGCAUCACAGAGGGGUCAGCCUCAGUGUGAACCCAGGCUCCACCCCCACAUGACUGAUCUCUAGAGCCAGUGAGCCCACUGCAUCUCCAUCUCUGCACACACUUCCAUCAGUUAUCUAUGGUGGUGAAGUCUAGCUCAGGCAUCAUGCCUUCCCUGCCCCUAGACCACUCUACCUGCCCUUCCAAGCAAGUACCCAACCACCCCUCUCCUCCCCAGCCGCCCCACCUUCUUCUAAGUCACUAGUGUUUCUUGCUUAACAGGGGCUGUUGCUUUCUGUCAUCUUCUCCACCCUUGUCUUGCCCUCUCCUCCACUCGAUCCUCUUCCUGAAGCUGAAGGUGACAUUGCAUCUGACAGUGGCCCUGUCAACCUAUGCUCUGUGGAGAGUAGGGAAACCCAUGUUCUGGUUUCUUCUGGACCACAUCCACUGACCUUGCAGGCACCUGCCUCUCUGUCACCACUGGCCCCAACACCACGCUCCUUGUCUUAGGGUUUCAUUGCUGUGAAGAGACACCAUGACCAAGGCAACUCUUAUAAAACAUUGGGGCCGGCUUACAGUUUCAGAUGUUUGGUCCAUUAUCAUGGCAGGAAGCAUGGCAGCAUGCAGGCAGGCAUGAUGCUAGAGAAACAGCCAAGAGUUCUACAUCUGGAUAUACCGGCAGCAGGAAGAAUGUAUCACAUUGGGCCUAGAGUGAGCAUCUGAAACCUCAAAGCCCAUCCUCAGUGACACUUCCUCCAACAAGGCCACAUCUACUCCAACAAGGACACAUCUCCUAAUAGUGCCACUCCCUGUGAGCCUAUGAGGGCCAUUUUCAUUCAAACCACCACACUGCCCAACAUCCAGCCCUCUCUUGGCAUGCGUGUCCCCUAGACUUGGUUUUGUUAUUCCCUGCUCCUCAUCCUCUUCAGCUGCUCCAUCUCCCUGUUUAGAGCCCAUUUAUCUUUAAACAGGUCAUAAUGGUGCUACCCCAGGCUUUCCUCUCCUGGAUGCUUAAAGCUAGGAGAAUCUCACACUAGGUUCUGAGACUCACUUAGAGUUUGUGAUCCAAUGAGCAUAGCAGCUCUGUUGCUUGGGAUGUAGAUGACAAAACUCAGCCUGUUUGUUUCCCAGAAUCCAAUGGAAUGAUCUGCCUGAAUUGACAGGAGAAGGACUCCACUAGUCCGUUUGCCUGAGAUGGAAAGCAAGUACUGUAUGCACCAUAGGGCUGCCACAGCACAGGAAUAGGGGCAUGUGCUGGAGGUGGGGUGAGGUGGAGUGCCUUUAGGUCUUUCAGACCCUGCACAGCUUUCCUCUGAAAUUCACAGAGGUCUUCAGCAGAGAGUAGCUGGCCCAGACAACAGUCAUCUUUCCACAUGGAGCCCUGCACUGGCCACAAAGCAUAGCCAGCCCUGCUCCAGAACAUACAACCUCUGAGCAGAAAGAACUUCCUCACAAGCAUUCUGGGACUUGGCCUUUGACCUUCGGAAGGUGGCGCUCCAAUUCUGAAGUUGGGGCGUCCUGUGAUUGUUCCAUUCUUUUUCACAUUAAGCUUCCAGACACCUAGGCAGAGAACAGCCUGGAGGUUCUAGGGCCACCUGGGUCCCUGGGUCUAGGCCUGCAGAGCUGAGCAGUAGAGGUGGGGCAGGGGAGGGAGGCUGAGCAAUGAGCAGGCUCAUCUCCAACUGGAAGUCCCAAAGUUUUUCCUUCUCUAGCUGCAAAGCCUGCCUCUCUCAGGCUCAGGGAAGAGGCACAGGGCCCUGGCUAGUAGGCUGGGCUACGUUCCCAGUCGGCCCCCUAGCAGCUGUGCAGUCUUAGACAAAAAAGAUUUCAUGUCUUCCUAGUUUCCUCACUGAAAUAACUGCAGCUAAGCUGAGAUGCCUUGCAGGUCAGUCUACACAACAGGCUUACAUAGGAACCUCAUCAGCAGAUACAGCCCUCAGGCUAUGGCAUCAUAUAUUGGCAGAUAAACUUUACUUGAGGUCCUGUUAAAUGCCAUCUCUUUGUUAACUACACACCCUUUAUUAUAGUCCCAUUUUAGAGAUGAGAAAAUUGAGCUAAAACUUAUCCCACGUUGCAGAGCCCUGAUGAAUGGAGGCCUUACUCUCCUCCUCUGACCUUUGAGCUAUCUUGCUUCCAUGCAAUGGGCAGUGGGCUCCUGACCAUAUCGAUGAUGCCCAUUGGAGGUGUCUGCCCUCUUGGUAGAUCUGUGAUACCUUUCUCAGAUGGAAGUGUCCUGUGUUCUCCUUCCUCAAGCUCAACCUCCCACCCUGGAAGCCAGAGACUUUGGGGGAAGGGAGAAGGUUCUGGCAUUCAGAUGACACAGCCAGAGAGGACCCUGAAGGUCAGUGGUGGCCCUGACAGUAUAUGCUGUGGAUAGCUUUGGGCUGUCUCCAGAUUCCCUCAUCCUGUGCCUCAUGUGCUGGCCCUGCAGGGGUGGUAUAUGUGUGUAUGUGUUUGUGUGUAUAUAUGUGAGUGUGUGUGUGUGUGCAUGUGUUAGGAUCUGAGAAUCCCCACGGCGCAAUUCCUCUUGUCUGCCUUCUGUUCCCAGACCCAUACACCUUUCAAGGAUAGAGAAAGAGAACAAUUCCCCUUUAGGAAUAUUGAUAGUUUUUCCCAAAACAUUUUAUUAUGAAAACUUUUGAACUUUAGACAUACUUGGUGCUGGAAAGAGAUUUUUUUUUUUUUUUUUUUGAGACAGGGUUUCUCUGUAUAGCCCUGGCUGUCCUGGAACUCACUUUGUUAGUCCAGGCUGGCCUCGAACUCAGAAAUCUGCCAGCCUCUGCCUCCCGAGUGCUGGGAUUAAAGGCGUGUGCCACCACGCCCGGCUUGGAAAGAGAUUUGUAGGAGGACCCAGGCCACCACAUAGAGGGCUUUUGCAGGGACAGCUACAGUGGCCUUACUACACACCAUCUCCUUAAUUUUUAAAAUAAGCUUUCAUCAUCAAAUGUUAGACUAAGAUUAAAGAUCUCAGCAGGCAAAGGCAUUUGUCACCAAGCCUGCUAACCUGAGUUUGAUCCCAGGAAGCCACAGGGUGGAAAGAGAAUCCACUCCCCUAAGUUGUCCUCUGAGCUCUCCCACCCCGUAAGUAAAAAUUUGUUUAAAUUUCCAUACCAUGCCACAUCUUCUAGAUGAUCUCUUCUCUAACCUUCCGAGGAACCAAGAGGCACAGCAGAAAGCUUAUCGUCUUUACCGAGCACGCCUCCAGGCUUCCCCGAUCUCUGGUACGAGACACAUCGUUUUGAAUAAUGCAUAAGAUCCACAAGAGGUGGGAGUUGGAGCGUGUCUGGGUAACUGCCUUCACCGGUGUUGACGUAAAACCAGCUCUGCUUCACAGGAAGUAACUAGCCAAACACUGAGCGGCUAUGGCCGAGGAACACAGACUUGGGUUACAAGGAAGGGUGUGGAGCUCUCUGCUGUGGGCCUCAGAUGCCAUCUGAGGACAUUCUCGGCCUUUGUGUUGGUAGAAGUUAGAGGUGUGAACAUUCCGAGAAGAGUUAUGUAACAGUUACAAGAAUGUUCUGUCAAUCACAGUGGCUGUUUCGAGGGCUAGUAUUACCUCAGAUAAUUUUGGCUCUAGAUUUGCAGCAUUCCAACUCUCCGCAGUCUUUGAGGUUUCACCGAUCACUCUGGCUUGUACAAUGUUGAACACAGUGUGCCUUUCUUCUAGGAUCUUAGGCUCACAUUGGUUCCUCAUGCUGAGGGGUGGUGGUUCAGAACCGGACCUAGUCAUCAGGAUGGUAGUAAGUACUGAAUGGAUCUGCGCUGAGAACAAUACCUGGCUUAAAGGACACCCUGUGAGGGUUCACCGGGGACUCAGGACAGGUGUGCUAACACCAGGAAUGGUAGCACCCUCAUUUGUUCUCUUUUGGUGGCUUAUUUUUCUAAAUUCGUAAAAGCCCUCGUGGUGUGAAAGAUGAAUGAUUUCUGAAAUAUUUGCUUGACUGGUUGAAUAAAUAAGCACUCCAAACCUGGUGCAGGUUUUACUGUUGUUCUUCCUUCCUUCCUUCCUUCCUUCCUUCCUUCCUUCCUUCCUUCCUUCCUUCCUUCUUUCCUCCCUCCCUCCCUCCCUCCCUCCCUCCCUCCCUCCCUCCCUCUCUCUCUCUUUCUCUUCCUUCCUUCUCUCUUUCUCUCUUUUUCUUUCCUUCUUCCUUCUUCUUUCUUCUUCCUUUCUUUCUUCCUAUUAUUUUUGUUUUGUUUUGUAGUUUGUCUGGCUAUUUUGACAGCCUACUGGGAAGCUGAGGCCAGAAUAUUGGGAAUUCUAGACCACAGUGUAAGGGCCCUCCUCCAACACCAGGCAGGGAGCCACUUGCUUGCAAAGAGUAUUUAACACUAGCUGCAUAAAAAACAAACAAACAAACAAACAAACAAACAAACAAACAAAACCAACAAACCACAUAUGCAGGGCCCACCCUUUCUUCCUGGCUCCCCCAUGCCCAGCGCUGGACUGCCCUGCGGGAUACUGUCCCUUUGGUGAUUCAAGGGUCCCUGACCCAUUCCAGGAUCCUUCUACACUCCUACCCCUGGCCUUCUUGCCUUGGUUCUAUCUCUCCACCCACUGGGUGGCGCCAGCGACCCUGAGUAGCGCCAGGAGCUAAGGGAGACUGUCUUUGGCACAUUCCUAGCCUGUAGACUGUUUUACCGUCGUCCUCCCCGGCCCCAAGACUCCUAAAUAUUCUCUGAAGAGCCAGGCUGUUGUCUGUGCCCUAGCUGCAACAAAAUCCUUUACGGAUGGGCAGGAGAAUCUGGGGGUGAAAGAAGCUAGUGCGCUGGGCAAACGUACCCUGUCCCCGGGUUGCAGGGUUGCAACAACCCGGAUCGCUCUGCUUCUAGUCGUUGUCCCUUCCCUGAGUCCGUGUCUUCUGCUCUUUAGCUGCCACAGUCCUGCACAGUACUCCGCGCCCGCCGGCCCGCCAGCCCGCCCAGUGUGCCCGGGCCCGCCUCCGGGGCUUUAUGACAUCACAGCUCCUGUGAGAAUAGUUGCCUUGGCGUCGCAAACGCAGUUCAGGACCAGAAGACUGGAGAAUUGCCGACCGAGGCUUCGGAGCAAGCUGAGUGCACGCGGCUGGCGAGAAUCUGCUUCAGCUAAGGCCAAGCUUUGCACACCGGUUGGUCCUCAGCCAUGGCGUUCAAGGCACGGUCCUCUAGGUUCUCCGUGAAAAUGGUUGAAGACAGGAAUGUGACUAUUUCUGACCGCUCAAGUAACCCUUUCCACAUAUCAAGGGACAUGGAUUACUUUUUGCUCAGAGAGCAGGAGCAGAAUCAAGCUAUUGCAGAGCGUGAACAAAAGAAGAUUUUGAGAGUGCACCAGAAGAUGACCUAUGCAUCCAAGGUAUCGGCCAAGCACACUAGCCUGCGCCGGGAGCUACAGCUGGAAGAUGAGAUGGAACAGCAGCUGCUGAACGCUGAGGCCAAGGAGAUGAACUGCUUCCGAGAAAACAAUGACUGGAAGCUGGCCAUGACCCGCGGUACAGCACCCCUGACUUGUGCAGGAGCAGGGUGGAGGGAUGGUUAACGAAGGGCCCCCUCUGUGUCCGACACUGCAAACCUUGAAGAGCUCUGUCCUGAUGGGCCACAGUUCCAGGGCAUGCUGAUCUCAUAGGGGCUCCAUGGUGCAAAAGGGUAGAGGCUGGCUCAGCUCAUAGAGGCUUGGGUUCCAUCCAUGCACACAACAAUUGGCCAGUCACAGUCAACAGGCAGUUCAACUAUAGUGGGGAGACUGUAUCUGGAACCUGCCUUCCAGUUCUUGAUCACAUUACAGCAUUUGAUAGGUCAUGAGUUAGCACUGGACUCCUCUAACUGCACCAAUCUCACGAAUUGUGCAGUCUAUGUUAAGUCAUUGAACCAAGUAUCUGUGAGCUGCUAGUUUAUUGCCCAGCAGUAAUCCCCGAGUUCUGAGCUUGCCCUCAUGGUACAUGGGGGGAACCACAGAAGCACUAACUGUGAUAAUAAAACAGAACCCCUAACCUCUACCUUGACAUCAAGAGCUGAGCUUGAUGGGGAUUGUGGGGGAGCUUUUGCUCUCCAUUCCUCAAGCUGAGAAAGGCAAGUAGGGUGGCAGGCAGGGGAAGUGGGAACCAGCAGAAGGCCAUAAAAUUCCUCACUGUCCUGACCUUGACUUUCAUGGGGACCUAGUGUCCUUGAGGGGCAAAAUCACUCAUAGGGGUUGUGACAGGGUCUCUGGACUACAGAACAGAACUCUUGCUUCAAGCACACCAGGCCCCUCUCCUAGGGACCAGGCAGAAACCAGUUUUGGAUCCUCUAAAGUCAGGAUCACAUACAGUUUCUUCAUGCAAUACGCAGAGGACAUGUCCUUGGACCAAAGUGGUCUCUGCACAGUGGAGGCUGUCUAGCUGUCCAUCUCACUUGGCUGAAAUAAUAACCACGGACUUAGCUACUACUCAAUCUAAAGUACCCCAUAGAGAGCACAUAGCACCCCCAUUGUUCCUGUGCCUCAAGGGCCUGGCCAGUGUUACUAAGUCUAGCUGGGUUAGUGUUGCCAAGAACCUUAUUCUAAGUUGAGAAGAUGAUACAGUGAGAGAAAACAAGCCAGACAGACGCCAACCAUGUGAGAGCCUGACAGUCACCUCUCAGCAUUCCAGGGAACAUCAUCCUGGAGCUACCUUGGAAUCAGAACCCACAGAGAUAUUUAAAGUUGUGUUUAUGAUCCCCUGUUUUCUAAGUCAUCCAUAGGUCUGUUUGUGAUGGGUUCAGUAUACAUCUAUGUAAACAGUUGCUUGUAGUGACAGGGAAUUCUGUCACUACACCUCUAGGGCAAAUGUGAUUCUUUUCCAUAUAGUUCUGAUCUGUUGGUUGAAACCAAGGUUAUAGCCCCUGCAGAUGUGGAGUGUUGGCUAUGUGUUGGGGGAACCUUUUCUCCAUUUUUUACAGUCCUUCUACCAAUACUCUAACACCCUGGGUGGGCAGCAGGACACCAGCCUCCUCCUCUGUGGACCAUCUUGGGUGCUGAAUUCCAGCUUGGGAUCCAGCCCCUCUCCCUCUCCCUCUCCCUCUCCCUCUCCCUCUCCCUCUCCCUCUCCCUCUCCCUCUCCCUCUCCCUCUCCCUCUCCUCCUCCCCGUCCCCUCCCCCUCCCCCUUUCCUCUCCUCUCCUUUCCUUUCCUUCUGGGUCUUGUUGCAGAAAGGAAGAGAGAGCCUGAAACACUGAAUGACUACAUGGAGAAGAGGCGAAGCAUGUUCCUCCUCCAGUAUGCCCUGGCAAUGAAGCGCAAUGAAAUCCAGCGGCUGGAAAUGCUGGCGACCCGGGAGGAGAACAGGCUGGAGAGGGCUGAGAAGUUCCUGGAGAAGGACGCGUCCUUGUUUGACGAGUUCCUCAGGGAGAAUGACCGCAACUCAGUGCAGGCCAUGAGAAUGGCUGAGAAAGAGACCAAGAUCAAGACAGAGAAGAUCGUUGAGAUCCGGGAACUCACAGCCCAGAUCACGAGCAUCAAAAGCGAAAUCUCCAAAUUUGAAGACACCUUGAAACAUUACAAGAUCUACAAGGAGUUCUUGUACAAGUUGUCACCCAAAGAGUGGCUGGAUGAGCAGCAGGAGAAGCACCUGGCUUUCAAAAGGGCCAAGGAGUCUUCAGAGCUCACCAGGAACAACAGCACUGCCAUCUUAUUCGGUGACAAAGCAGGAUCUGGCAGUAAGAGCAAGACAGCCUUCCUGUGGAAAGAGGUUCCCGGCUUGAAGAAGGUCACAAAGACUGGGCGGCUUGUAAAGGCACUAUCAUCUAGCAUUCAGAGCCUCCCGCAGGUCGGUCAGCUCACCCAGCUCAGCCCGCACAGCGAGCUGGACUCCAGACUGUCAAGCACCAUGUUUCCAUCACAAGACGACACUGACAGCGAUGGGGAGGAGCUGGCACUAUACUUCACUGAGCCCCAGCAGCUCUUAGACGUCUUCACAAAGCUAGAGGAAGAGAACUUGUCGCUGAUUCAGAACACGCAGGAGAUGGAGGAGACCUUGGAUGAACUGAACGUCACUCUGAAAAACACCCAGAUCCGCAUGGACAAGGAGGUCAACCUUCUGAAGCAGUGGAUUGCCUCCAUGAUGAUAUCAAUCUCCAAGGAGGAAGAGUCAGCCGCAGAACUGGAGCUCAAAGCCCGAGUCUUCCACUUUGGGGAGUAUCAGGGUGACCAGCAGGACACGAUGUUGGAGAGCCUGAACCACAAGGUGCUGGAAGUCUACCGGAAAUGUGUGGGCAUGCAGCAGGAGGCCAACUUGGGCACAGUGCAGAUGCUGACUGUGGUGGAGCGUCAGCUGGAUGAACUGCUGGAGAAUCUAGAGCGAGUGCCUCAGGUCAAGAUUGAGCAGGCUGAGAAGGCCAAGGAGAGGGAGCGGCGCAUGAGGCUUCGUGAAGAGAAGGCCAUGAUGCAGAAGCAGCUGCAGGAGGAACGUCUGCAACGGGCUCGAGCCAGGGCCCAGGCUAAAAUAAAGAAGAAGAGAGGCCGGAAAUUGAUAAGCCGUUCCCAUCCACCAGUCAUCAAAGUGAAGGAGGUGCGUGAACAGACGCUGAUCAACAAGGACAAGGAGGAGAUGCUCUUCUUCUUCACUUAGCAGCAGAGCUGGCUGUGGGCUCGGGAAGAAGUCAGCAGGAAGUGCAGACAGGGACUGUGAGCCUGAGGGGUUCCUAACUCCAUCUCAUACUUUCCUGUCAGCCUCCUUACAGGAAAUAAAACCAUGUCUCUUGGGAGUCUGAACGGCC